AUGGAAGAUUCGGCUCGUACCGUCAGGUCUAAUUGUCUUGCCGGGCUAGCUGGGGCAUUGCUUGUCUUGGCACUUUGCCACGCACAGCGAGGCGCUGGCAUUCUGCUGCCUCAGUCCUGGGAUGACUCGGAAGCAGCUUUGAGUGUCAGUCCCGUGGGAGGUCUCGUGGGUGAACAUCGCACCGCUUCUGCUGAGCAAGCCAACUUUGUCGCAGAGGAGCAAGUGGAGGACAAGCGUGGGGGGUCAUGGUUGGAGCAAGAAGAGGUCGAGCAAGUGCCAUCCGAAGCAGACAAUCAGACUGAGACCGAGACCCCGACCCAGCCCCCCACACGUUUCGGAAGGUUACUCGCGCGCCUGCGUUGGCGAGGAAGGCGGAGAGGAGGAUCAGCUGGUGAGGAAGAAGAGGGUCAGCCGCGUCGAGUUCCUCUACGUACGAGGCUGCUUCAGCACUGGAGGCGUGGAGUAAGAUUUUUCCGACACGACAUACCGGCUGCCGCUGCACUAUUGUACCGGCGAUUGCGGCCAGUCCAGCCACGACCCGUUUUUACAGACGAAGAGCCCGAGGAUGUCAAGACGAAUCCGUUAUAUUUUCAUGGCAGCGAGCGUGGAGACAUCAUCCUCCACAAGGCAUUAGAAAGUAUUCCCGGAAUCCAAAACCAGGUCGGGACACGGCUAGACGUUGCUGUCGAUGAUAUGGUAUCCCAGAAGUUAUGGGCUGAGGGUCAGGUUGUGACACUAGCUUCGGAGUUGGGCCAACCGGAUAGGCAACUCGUAAGAGGACCACGUAUCGACGCGGUUUCCGGAAUAAUUGUUUUUGAAGCGACAGACGUAGCGACACAAGAAAAGAUUGGUGUAAAGGUUGGCACCACCAGUGAAAAGCCAUCUAGACGGGUUAUAGCUAAACUGAAGAACGAAGCAUUGUGCACUGGUUUGUUUGCGAAGGUGAGGAACCCGAUUCAUGCUCAGAGGCUUCUAAGGUUUUUGGUCGCUGCCGAUUUGAUGAAGAUCCCCGGGAAGCCGAUAUCUCAGGAGGCGUCCUCGGAUUACGAGAGACGUUGGGUACUGAAUUACUUGUUGCCGGUUCCUCAAACGCAAGCUCGAAUCGAAUACUUAAUCUCAGCGUGCCAAGGAUCUUCAGAACAACGCCACUUACUUUUCAAUGUUCGAUUGCAGAUCUCUGUUCAGGCCAUCAGACUGGUAGGUAUCCUUCAAGACCAAGGCGUUGUGCAUGGUAUGAUCACCCCAGAUGCUUUUUCGGUGAAAAAUGGUGGGAGCGUGCACCUUGGUGAAUUUGACUCUCUGGUUAAAGCUGGAACGAAAGCAGAACCGAUGACUAAUUGGUACUUUGCAGCGCCUGAGGCUCGUGUGGUCCGCAGAGUACUCUUCCUUGGCCUUCCCAAAGUCAGGUACACGCACGCAAUGGAUGCUUGGAGUCUGGGAGCGACACUGUUCUGGAUAUGGUGCGGGAAUUAUCCACACACCGGUGAAGGGUCGACCUACAGCAUCGAAUACCUUUUUCAAACAUGCCGACGGGUGCCGGAACCAGUUAAAACCCUCAUUUACAUGUUUCUCAACCCUUCGCCCACGCAACGCCUGCUCGCUUUGCAAGCGAUGGAUACUCCGCAGUUCCAAGAGAUAGGAGAAAUGAUUUCCUCUGCACUGCGUCAGUACGACCAACCAGGUGAACCGCAACUAUGA